AUGACUCAAGUGGAUUUCGAGGAAAUCCGACAGAAGGGUACGCCUGCAGCAAAGAGAGUAAUUGACCGGGUAACCGAAGCCGGUCUGGAGUAUUUUCUCGGCAGUCCCCAUGUCCUAUAUAAAGAGGCGGUUGAAGAAUUUUUCAACACCGCAACUCUUUCGGGCGACAAAAUCACCGCGACUGUAUGCGGUACUGAAUUCGAGCUAACCGAGGAAUCGGUUGCAGAGAGCCUGCGCCUUCCAACAGCCGGCCAAGAUGCAGCGGCGGAUAUAGAGCUAUCAACAUUCGAAGCAGCUUGCCAGAUACUCUCAGCGACUAAGGAACCGAUAAAAGUAUCCGGUAACAAAGCGACACUGCGACCGGAGUACAUACCGAUUUGUGAUAUCUUCACAAAGGCGGUUCAGGCAAGAGGAGGAAACUACAACAGCCUCACCAAGGCCAAAAUCGGGAUGCUAGUCGGCCUGAUAGAAGGCACAAAAGUGAACUGGGCAAAGGAAGUAUUCAACAACUUAAAGGAUAUGAGGAAGCAACCGGCACUCGGCUCCACAGGUGGCCGAAAGAAGAAAUCCGGCAAGAAAUCGGCACCGGCAAAAGAAAAGGCCGGAAGCAAGGGCAAGGAGAAGAUAGUCUUCUCGGAACCGCCAUCACAAACAGAGGAGGAAGAGUCGGCUUCCACAUCUGGACGAACCGAAUCUGAGAAAACCGAUGAUGAAAGACCGAACGAUGAAGGGCUCUCGGGUCUAAGUCCCGAUAAUACCGGAACGGGCGAAAAUCCUGAAAACGAUGAGGCCGAUGUAGAAGGCAGUGAAGAGGAGGAGGAGGAGGACCAGACGAAGGCCGAUACUAUAGCGCGCCGACUCCUCGAGGUCAUUACACUACGAGCUGAAAAAGUUGGCGAUAUAUACCGGGAAUGGCACGAGUAUCGGUUCACCAAACUUUAUAAACACAUUUUACCGGGCUUCACCGAAGAAGAAUGCUUCAAAAGGAUGAAGGAAAUCGAGGACAUAGUCAUGAGCCUCACAAACGCGAAAACCAUUCACAAAGCCUUGGGCCGAACCGUCAUCAUAAGACCGCGAGCCCAGCUACAGAAGCUAACCGUACGGAUCCGGAAGAUUAAGGAACGGUACGAAGAGGAAACAUUGGAGGAUACCUUAACACCCUUGGUGUUAGAAAGACUUGAGAAAGCGAGAGAAGAACUCGAGGAAGAAAUAGAGCGGCUGGAGGUGAUGUACAGACAACGAGAAAUACCGCACUCUCCAGCUCCUCGGAUCGAUAAGGGUCAAACUCACGGUGCAACACCUCCAAGGGCAAAUCCGGUAAUAAACGAAAUCAAUGAAGGGACGGAGACUCCUUUUACAGCGCAACAACAAGCUGAACAAAUCGGGGCUUCAGAACUGGGAAUCACAGAAGAAAGGGUCAAGUUCCUCCUUCGAGAAUUUGCAGACUCAGCGGUUCGCCCACUAGAGGAGAGGAUGACAAGAACCGUAAACCUGGCACUCCGGUUCGCCAACAAUACAAGGCAUACUUUGUUAAUGGCAGAUGACCGGAUCUCACAAGUCGAAGCUGACUACCGGGUCUCGGUACUGGAAAAGAAGAAUGCAGGUCUUAAAGACCGCAACGAAAAACUAGAGGCAGACCUCAAGGCUCUUACUGCACAAGUUGACGAAUUGAUCAAGGCCAAGAUGAAUGCGGAUGUUGCGGUUGUGGAAGCAAAUGAAAAAGCGGCCAAGAAGGUCCAGGAUGCACUGAACGAAGAGACAAGAUUAGCAAAGGAACCACCACAACUGACCGAAGAAGAAAUAGCCGAACGCGAACGAAGGGUGAUGGCUAAGUAUCCGGGACUUGCAGAAUCAGUAGCCGCUCAAGCUGCAAAGGAUGCUGAGCGGUUAGAUAAUGAAAGACAAAGGCUUGAGGGAUUUGCAUCCGCUCACAAGAAGCAAAAGGAGGCCCCUUCAUCUUCGGUUCCGGCAAAAAGGAAACGGAAAUCAUCGAAGAAGGUUCAAGUGGCCGAGCUGCUGAAUGAGGUCACUGACGCGGUUAUAGAAAGUCAACCGGAUCAGGCUACUCACACGGAAGAAGAAGAUGAAGUGCACCUAGAGCGGCGGCCUACAAGACAGCGAGUCUCAAGACCGGAUAAGAAAAAGCGGACCGAGGAUAUAAUGGCCAGAUUCAACCUCUUCGACUCAGAAUAG